AACUCUUUGGUCUCUGUGCGUUCUCGUGCCUCUGAUGGGCGUCUCAUGGAUUCUCGGCAUCUUCUACGUCAACGAGUCUGCCUCAUUCAUGCAGUAUGUGUUCGCAGUCUGCAACGGGCUGCAGGGCGUUUAUAUCUUCGUAUGCAACUGCGUUUUAAAUGAAAAGGUCAAAGAUGGCUUCAAGAGGGAGAGAAUAAGGCGCUUAAACAAAUCGAUGAUGAGUGAAUUGUCACUGAAACUACAUAACAUGUCGAAACAAUCGACCGGUAAACGACGUGAUUGCGAUUGAGACAACACUGAGUCCGAUCAAUCCAUGUGUAAUGUGUAUUUAUUUCGGUUCGAACUUUCAAAAGGAACGUAUUACCAAACUAGGAGCCUCAGGCAUUCCAUGGAAUAGGAACGACUAGCAAUGUGUAAAUUUGAUUAAUUCACAUGACUGAUCUUGACGAUAACACAAAUGAUAUUAAGGGAGUGUUAUAGAAGUGUUCCAUGUUAUGUUAUAUUCAGAUAUUCAUUAUUCAAGUAUUCAUGUGCAUUUGAAUGUUUUCGAUGGUUUUUUAGAGAAAAAGAUCUGGUUUAUUCCGACCACAAAACAAAAUAAUAUGUACGUAAAAUAAUUCAAAAUAUUGAACAUUGUUUGUGUUUUAUAUUUUAAUCA